GGCGGAAGUUCGAGUUCAACUGCGAGCACGAACCGCGUCACAAAAUCUAUGUCGAAGCUAGUUGGGCAAGGUAUGAACAAGCUUGGCAUCGACAAGAAGGCGAUACUGUCGCUCUCCAACAACAUCGAGAAGAUGAUGUCGGGAGGGUCCUACGACCCGUCUUCCGCACGGGGAGCAGAUAAUACUAGUCUUUCGACCACAAAUAAUAUUGGACAGCAGACUGGAG